GGUCCCGGUGCCACCUCUCUCCGUGCUUGGGCGCCGCCGCGCGAGCGCUUCCCUUCCCCCUGCGAGCGCACGGAUGAUGUCUGAGAAUGUCCAUUUCUGGGACGCUUAGCAGCUAUUAUGUCGACUCGAUCAUAAGUCACGAGAGCGAGGACGCGCCUCCAGCCAAGUUUCCUUCCGGCCAGUACGCGAGCCCCCGGCAGCCGGGCCACGCGGAGCACCUGGAGUUUCCCUCCUGCAGCUUCCAGCCCAAAGCGCCGGUGUUCGGCGCCUCCUGGGCGCCGCUGAGCCCGCACGCGUCCGGGAGCCUGCCGUCCGUCUACCACCCCUACAUCCAGCCCCAGGGCGUCCCGCCGGCCGAGAGCAGGUACCUCCGCACCUGGCUGGAGCCGGCGCCGCGCGGAGAAGCUGCCCCGGGGCAGGGCCAGGCGGCGGUGAAGGCGGAGCCGCUGCUGGGCGCGCAGGGCACGCCCGAGUACAGUUUGGAAACUUCGGCGGGCAGGGAGGCCGUCCUGACUAAUCAAAGACCCGGCUACGGGGACAAUAAAAUUUGCGAAGGAAGCGAGGACAAAGAGAGGCCGGAUCAAACCAACCCCUCCGCCAACUGGCUGCACGCCCGCUCGUCCCGGAAAAAGCGCUGUCCCUACACCAAAUACCAGACGCUGGAGCUAGAGAAGGAGUUUCUGUUUAAUAUGUACCUCACCAGGGACCGUAGGCACGAAGUGGCCAGACUCCUCAAUCUGAGUGAGAGACAAGUCAAAAUCUGGUUUCAGAACCGGCGGAUGAAAAUGAAGAAAAUGAAUAAAGAGCAGGGCAAAGAGUAGAGAGGGGCCCGCCCCAGCCCUUCCCCGUCUCACUCUUAUUUAUGCAAAGGUUGCAAAGCCAGUGCUGUCUGGAAUGUGUUUGAGUGCAUGGGGAAGGGUCUGCCUCUUCUGAGACCCCCGUAUCUGUUCCCACACCCUCUCUCCCCUGCCUCGCCCACCCCACUCUCCC